CCAAGAAGAAGAAGAUCACAAAGCCAAAAAGCCAUCAGCCUUUAAGGCUUUAACCCAUCCUCUAAUCACUUCAAAAUAUCAAGAAUGAGAAGAACAAUAAUCACAAAGUGAUACACCACCUGUCUUUCACCCAUUCACAAAUCACUUGAACAUCACUGGACCAGUUACAGAGCAAUGGCAGGGCCAUUGAUCUCAGGAGGGAGAUGCUUUUCUGCUUUCAUUCUUUUUCUUCUUCUUCUCAUUUCACAAGCUUGUGAUGGAUUCCUUCUCCCAAGAAGCUAUAAACACUUAUUUGCAAAGGAAGAUGAAGUUUAUGUCAGAGUGAACUCUCUGACAUCGAUUGAUACACAGCUUCCCUUCAGAUACUACAGCCUGCCUUACUGCAAGCCUAUAAUGGGCAUCGUGGAGAGCGCUCAGAAUCUUGGGCAGAUACUCAUGGGAGAUCAGGUCCUCAACUCGCCAUACCGUUUACGCAUGAAUGUUAAUGAGUCACUCUACCUCUGCACUACUCCACCGUUGAGUGAAUAUGAUGUCAAGUUGUUGAAGCAGACAACUCGAGAUUUGUAUCAGGUGAACAUGAUUCUUGAUGAUUUGCCUUUGAUGAGAUAUGACAGGCGAGGCGGGUUUGAGAUCCGGUGGAUAGGUUUUCCUGUUGGAUACACAGCCAUGGAGACUGAUGAUGAUUACCUCAUGAAUCACCUCAAAUUCAGGGUCCUUCUUCAUGAGCUUGAGGAGAAAGAUUAUGGAGAAUUUUACGAGAUUGUGGGGGUAGAGGUAGUCCCUUGUAGCAUCAAGUAUGAUCCAGGAAAACUCCAAAUGUAUGAUCCUAUUCCUUCCCAAAGCUGUCCCUUAGAGCUUGACAAGUAUCAGGUAAUCAGAGAGAAAGAAAGAGUAUCAUUCAGUUAUGAAAUCGAAUUUGUGAAAAGUGAAGUGAGAUGGGAGUCGAGAUGGGAUGCUUAUCUGGCAACGGAAGACGCUCAAAUCCACUGGUCUUCUAUUGUAAACUCACUGAUAGUGAUGCUCCUCUUUGCUGGUGGUGUUCAUAAGAUUCUCAAGAAUUCAGUCGGAGCAUAUUGGGCAAGAAGGAACCAGGAGUUCAACAAACAAGUUCAUCAGGCAACACAGCCACAGGCGAAAGAGAAGCUUCCAGGAUGGAGACUCAUAAGAGGGGAUGUGUUCAGAGAACCAGGACACUCCAAACUGCUUUGUGUGAUGGUCGGAAAUGGGGUUCAGAUAACUGGAACAGCAAUUCUCACUGUUGUUUUUGCAGCUCUUGGUUUCAUGCCACCGGCUUCACAAGGCAUGCUCCCGUUCGGGUUGAUAGUGUUUUACCUUCUCUUAGGAGUCAUAGCUGGUUAUGCUGGUGUAAGGCUUUGGAUAACUAUCAAGGGGAGUCCAGAAGAGUGGAAGUCUGUUUCUUGGUCAAUUGCCUGCUUCUUUCCCGGGUUCAUCUGUGUUAUUUUGGCUCUCCUGGAUUUCAUUUACAGGGAAAACCAUAGUACUCGAGCCAUCUCAAUCUAUGCACGUCUUCAACUCUAUGUGCUUUGGUUCAGCAUUUCAGUGCCCCUCAAUCUAUCGGGAGGAUACCUGGCCGCACGAGCAGAAAGGACUCCACACCCUGUCCAUACAAACCAUGUUCCAAGAGAGAUCACUGCACCUAGAUAUCGGUCCUGGUUUCUUGUUCUUGUUGGUGGAUCCAUUGUAUUCUCCGUUCUUUUUCUCCAGCUCUUCUUCAUCCUCUCCAGCAUCUGGCUCGGGCAUUUCUAUUCCGCCUUUGGCUUUCUGCUCAUUGUCCUGCUGCUGUUGGUUGUUGUCUGCGCUCAAGUUUCUGUAGUGCUUACUUACCUGCGCCUUCGAGCUGAGGAUUGGAAGUGGUGGUGGAACGCAUUCUUUGCAUCAGGAUCCGCUGGCUUCUACGUUUUCUCCUACUGCGCCAAUUACUUGAUUCAUGACCUCAACGGCUUGAGUGGAUCAGCAUCAGCCACGCUUUACCUCGGAUACUCUCUGAUCAUUUCAAUCGCAGUCAUGCUCUCCACAGGCAGUGUCGGCUUCCUCACAUCAUUCUACUUUGUCCGCUACCUUUACUCUUCAUUGGGCAUUGAAGGUGACCAGAAAUCUGAAGAAACCGUCGAGCUCAUUGCAGAAUGA